AUGGGCGGCAGAGCAGGAGUUUGCCUUCGAGGCGAUGAGGAAGGCACAGAUGAGGAAAUCGGAGAGCGCAGCCCGGUGACGCAGAAGAACUGCAGGGAUGGCCUGGCCAUGGGGAACCUGGCCUGGUCCAGCGCAGAGAUGCAGGGCUGGCGGGAGUCCAUGGAAGACGCACACCUGGCCAUAUCCUGUUUGCGCGAAGUCGUUGUGUCGCAGAACCAAGCGGCCAGCGUGGACAUGGGUUGGAACAUCGGCCUUUUCGGCGUCCUGGAUGGCCAUGGCGGCUUUCAGGUUGCUAAAUUCUGCGAACGACACUUGCCCGAAGCCAUCGCAUCGAGGCCGAGUGCGAAUAUGGGCGCUGCCAUGGCCGAGGCAUUCGUGGAGAUGGAUCAGCAGCUCAAGGGAGCAGAAGGAUUGAAGGAGCUGAGGAGGCUAUCCGCUCUUGCCAAGUCUAUCAGGAUUCGCCGACAAACUGCUGAAGGCAUGGGCACAACUGCAGUCGUGUGCUGUGUGGGCCCCACGACGCUGGUCGUGGCCAACGCUGGGGACAGUCGCGCGGUGCUCUGCCGCCGGGGCCAAGCUAUCGACCUCUCACAGGACCACAAGCCAGAUGUGCCGGAGGAGCGUGCACGGAUCGAGCACGCAGGUGGAUGGAUACAGCCUGGAUCAGUCUCCAGAGUGAAUGGAGACCUGAGCCUUUCCAGGGCCCUCGGGGACUUGGAGUACAAGCUCAACGACAAUCUCCCCCCCGAGGGGCAGAUAGUCAGCGCCGUGCCGGAGGUUUGCUCUGUCGCAAGGCAUCCUCAUGAUGAGUUCCUGCUGCUGGCUUGCGACGGAGUUUGGGACGUCCUGAGCAGCCAGCAGGCUGUGGACUUCGUGCGUGCUCAGCUGGGCGAUCGCAGUAGCUGGGCCACACGCUUGGCCAGCGGACAACUUCGCGGCUCUGAAAUUUUGGGGCGAUUGCUUGACCGCUGCUUGUCGCCCAACCUGGCGUCUACUGCUGGCCUCGGUGGCGACAACAUGACGGCGGUUCUGGUGCUGUUUCUUCCACAAUGGGGAGGCUGCGGCUACACUCCUCAUUGGUGCGCGAACCCACACCAAGUACAUCUCAGAGCACUCCGAUUGCUCGAGGCGAAUUAG